AUGGAGCAGAUAGCUCCUCGUUGCCCUAACACACCUGCCUUCCUCAAAUCUGUGCAGGAGUAUUUCCUCUGGGUGCCGCUCAGCAAAGGCUGCGGGAUACUUUUCACUAUGAAUCAGAAGCGGACAAAAUGCCAAAAGAAGACUGUUCCAUAUGGUCUCGGAGGCCCUUCUCGAUCCAGAAGAUCACUGAAGGACAUGGUGCCAGAGAUGCUCACUGAACCUAGCAGCAGAUGCCGAUGUGCCAACCAGAAGGAUAAGAAAUGCCUGAACUUCUGCCAGACAGGAAAAGAUCUCUGGGCUCAGUCCACAGUGGAGAAAACCUUGCGUCACCACAACAAAGCUGGCAAUUGCAUUGGACCCAAAUGCAUGGACCGACAGCUUGUUGACAGCAAGAAAAUGAAGCGGCUGGAAGCCAUCGGUAACAGUAUCAAAGCUUCCUUCAGCAUUGCAAAGCUGAAGGCUGAGCUCCAGAAAGGGUGGAAGCUGAAACAUAACAGGGCGAACAAAAGGCAAAGCAUCUGGGAAAGCCUGAAAGCAUCCUAG